GAGGAGGGGGGGUGAAAAGCUUUCCCCCUCGCACGGGACCCGGUUAAAGCAGAAGUUCCUCAGGCAGGCACAGCCUUUGACUCUGAGCUUGAUGCAGAAGUAACACUAAGCUUCCUGGCAUGAAGAUGGAGACAGCAAUGCUGAAUAUACGAAAUCUGUUUGACCAACUCAUGCGCCAGGCAGAAAUUCUAAAUGAAGGAAAUGAAUAUCAGUUUAUCCAGCUGGCUAAGAAUUUUGAGGAGUUCAGGAAAAGGUGGCAGAAAAUGGAUCAUGAGGUUGCCAGGUACAAAGAUCUUCUGAUGAAAACAGAAACUGAACGCAGUGCCUUGGAUGUGAAAUUGAAACAUGCUCGAAAUCAGGUGGAUGUGGAGAUCAAGAGAAGACAGCGAGCGGAAGCUGACUGUGAAAAGCUGGAGCGGCAGAUCCAGCUGAUCAGAGAACUGCUCAUGUGUGAUUCAUCAGGCAGUAUUCAGCUGAGUGAAGAACAGAAGUCGGCACUGGCCUUCCUAAACAGACCUCAAACUUCCACGGGUGGAAACAAAAGACUAUCAACGAUAGACGAAUCUGGUUCAAUUCUGUCUGACAUCAGCUUUGACCAGACCAAUGAAUCGUUGGACUGGGAUUCCACAUUGGUAAAGACUGUCCGAUUGAAAAAAAGAGAGAAAAGGCGCUCAUCCAGGCAGUUUAUAGAAGGCCCACCUGGUUCUUUAAAGAAAACUCGUUCCAUUGGUUCUACAGUGGACCAGGGAAACGAAUCAAUAGUUGCUAAAACAACCCUCAUGGUACCUAAUGAUGGAGGCCCAAUUGAAGCAAUCUCCACUAUUGAAACUAUACCUUGCUAUGCUGGAAGUCGUAGGAAGGCAGGCAUUCUACAGCCCUGGACCAGUGACUCAAGCCUGGGAAGCAGGCAACUGGAAACCAAAUCUGAAGUGGAUGGAUCUAGCACUCCUGGGAGCAUUGGAAUAAGACUACAUGAAUUUGUAUCAAAAACGGUUAUCAAACCAGAGUCAUGUGUUCCAUGUGGCAAGCGAAUAAAGUUUGGGAAACUGUCCCUGAAGUGCAGAGACUGUCGGGUAGUGACUCAUCCAGAAUGUCGAGACCGCUGCCCCCUGCCCUGCAUCCCUACCUUGGCAGGAACCCCUGUGAGAAUUGGGGAGGGAACCCUUGCAGAUUUUGUAUCUCUGACUCCUCCCAUGAUCCCCUCCAUUGUAGUUCAUUGUGUGAAUGAGAUAGAACAGCGUGGGCUUCAUGAGACAGGCCUCUACCGAAUUUCUGGCUGUGACCGAACAGUUAAAGAGCUGAAAGAGAAGUUCCUUCGAGGGAAAACUGUGCCCCUGCUUAGCAAAGUGGAAGAUAUACAUGCUGUAUGCGGGCUCCUUAAAGAUUUCCUUCGCAACCUUAAGGAGCCCCUUCUCACUUUCCGUCUUAACAAGGCUUUCAUGGAGGCAGCAGAAAUCGUGGAUGAGGAUAACAGUGUGGCGGCCAUGUACCAAACAGUUGGGGAGCUCCCUCAGGCAAACAGAGACACUCUGGCUUUCCUUAUGAUACAUCUCCAGAGAGUGGCUCAGAGUCCAGACACCAAAAUGGAUGUUGGCAACUUGGCCAAAGUCUUUGGACCAACAAUAGUUGGGCAUGCUGUCCCAGAUCCUGACCCCAUGACAAUAUUUCAAGACACAAAAAGACAAGCCAAGGUUGUGGAGCGGCUGAUUUGUCUGCCUGUGGAGUAUUGGAACCAGUUUAUGAUGGUGGAACAAGAAAAUAUUGAUCCUGAACAUAUCAUUGAAAACUCCAAUGCCUACUCCACACCUUGCACCUCGGAUGUUAAAGUGAGCAUGUUGGGACCAGUCACCACUCCGGAACAGCAAAUGGCGAAGACUCCUUCAAGCAGCUCUCUGUCUCAGAAAGUCCGCUCUACAUUUAGCAAGACCACUCCCAAAUUUUCAAGCAAAAACAAGUCAGUGACCAGCCUAGGACGACAGGGCAACUUUUUUGCUUCUCCAAUGCUGAAAUGAAAUAUGCUUCAGUUCUGAAUGUGUGCUUAGUUCGGUUAUGCAGAGCUACAAUAAAAUCCUAAGUUGCUCCUUCGCUAUCCCAGCUGCACUGUGUACUGCGAUCAACUGUAUACUUCUGUUUUCAGUUUAACUGUUUUUAUUUGAAUUUUACUGUGCACUGUAAAGUAUCUGGUGCCAUAUCACAUUUAUUGUAGGGGAAUAAUUGGCAGAACCCACUCAGCAUGUCACUAGGAAAACUGCAAGUUGUUGUUUUGAAAAUAGUUUUCUGUAGCUGGAAAGCUGCCACCAUCUGUUCAAAGCACCCCAUUAUUGUUUCAUUUGUGGGUUAUGGUUGGAAAGGAUAGGCUGCAUUUUGCACUGGCAGUAAUCUCAUUUCAAACAACAGCCGUAAUCCUGGGAGAAAUGAGUGCCAAUCCAUGGGACAAGGAAAUGGCGCAUGCUGAAACGACACUUGUACUUCCUUGGUUAGUCUAUUUUUAGUGAAACCAAUGACGUAUUUCUUUUUAAAGUGAGUACACUCAGAACUCAGUCAUGUGAAAAAUUGAAACUCAGUGUUCCAUAGUACGGACACACAUUGCUGUACAUCUGAGGUUCUCCCUUGUGCAGCACAGGAGAGUACCGAAUAAAUAUGAUACCAAAUAUAGUGUUUUAACUGUAUGAC